AUGACCCAAGCUGUAGAAAUGGCGCAAUGCGAUCGCGUCGUUAUAUUUUUAGACGUCGACGGCGUACUUUUGCCUGUACCACGUUUCACCUUUGGUGGAGGUGAUCUCUCUCCUCAAUGUGUUGGAUACCUGCUGAAGAUUGUUGACGCUUGUGGUACGGCAGAGAAAGUCACCAUUAUUCUUUCGUCCACGUGGCGCAACUUCCCUGCGCAGGUGCAGCGACUGAAUAAUUUCUUCGCUAAAACAGUAGGUGACGCCGUUCCACCAAUUGCUGGUGGAACUCCAAACGGCACACCGAAGGUGACAGUGGUGUCGUAUUAUGCCGAUGACCCAAGCGAACAACGUCUCGUCCGUGAUCGUGUUGAUGAGAUAAAACGGUGGAUAAACACGAACAUGCGUGAACACCCUGAAGCCGUAGGCGGGCGCUGGUUCGCCAUUGAUGAUAUGCAGUUGGAUGUGGAUGAACGUAUGCGAGGUCAUUUCCUGAAGACAACAACUGAAAUCGGCUUGGUGGAAGAUGAUAUCGAAAGAGCAAGGGAAAUUAUUGCUGCUUUUCCUCCACCUGAAGAGGCAGCUCGUAAUGCAGCAGCGGCCCUCGUUGAUCCCGCUCUUAAGGAUGAGGAAAUCGAUAUAUUAGAAACGCGUUGUCGAAAUCUCUCAGAGACCGCGGAACAACUGAAGAACGACUUGGCAGAAGCACACGAAGAGAUACGCCGCCUUCAAGGAGAGCGCACUGUGAGGGAGAGGGAUAUGAAGGAGUUGACAAGACGUUUUGAAGAUGUCAGUUAUCGCUUAGCCCAGUAUGAUUUUUCGAAGAAAAACGCUGUGCUUCGCUCAGCAAUAGAAGCUCUUGCGUCAAAAACAGGCAAGGAGCGUCGGGAGUUGGAGGACCGCAUAAAAACACUGGUGAAUCUUCUGCGCCAUAAAAAGGAGUUGGAGAAGAUGGCGGCAAAAAAUAGGAAGAAAGAGGGUCAAGCACAAGUAAAGAAUUGA